AUGACCGACGAUAAAGAAGAUAAGACUUUAGAAAAUCAAGAGCACUUCACGGAAGUUGCGAAGAGCCGAGACGUCGAGGUACUGGAAGGUAAAACACAGUAUAUGGAAUUUUCGGGUAACCUUGUGCCAGUAUUGAAGAGCGGGGAACAGCUUCAAUUACCGUUCAGAGCAUUCAAAGAGAAUAGAGUUCCGUUCACGGCGAGAAUAAAGGAUCCGGACGCUGCGGACAUGAUGGGUCGCAUAAUGUUCAUGAGCGAGCCGAAGGUUCCUAAGGGCGAGUUGCCGCAGACGCCGAUUUGCACGUUAAAUAUUUUAUUGCCAGAGAAAAUUUCUUCGGAACCCGCUGCCUCGGAGGUGGAUUUGUUAGAGCUGUCGAAGAAUUAUAGUUUUCUACGCGACGGUGGCAUAAGUCGUCCAGAUGCUAUUCACAGAGCAACCAUUCGGUUGACUGAUAUCGCAAAUCUGUUGGAUAAAGACUGGGAAAAACUCGCGGAAGAGUUAAAUAUUCCGCCAAACGAGGUAUCAACGAUUAAACAAGAGUAUGCGAAUAAGCCAGCCCAGCAAGCCGCAGCGAUGCUUAAAGUUUGGCAGAGCAAUGGAAACAAAGCUACAGGCAAUACUUUGGAAAAAGCAUUGAACAAAAUUGGCCGCGAGGACAUUGUGAGAAAGUGUAUAUUCAAUGUCGAAUUGGUCACUGAUGACGUAGAAAAGGCCGUCGCGAGAGUUCGAUUAGAUCAACCUGGAUUUGAUUCCUUAAAAGAAGAAUUGGGUCCUUCAAGGGACACUUCUCUUCGCCGUGAUGCAACGAUGGAUCCAAAGAUGAAUCCUGACUAUGAUGAUUUUAACAAAAGCAAGGAAUCUGGAUCUAUGGAAGACCUGAAUAUCAGUGACACUAAACGCGAUACAUCGAUACAGCAUGUCACGAUCACAAACGGCACUGUAUUCAAUGGAACCUCGACCCCCAUCAAAGAUAAAUACGCAAGCGAGGAGAAAGAAUUAGGGGACACAAUGGCCGAAUUUCUCGAGCACAAAUGUCACGUUGCCGAUACGAUGAGCAAAAAGUCACGCGAUGAAGUUGACGACAAAGACAAAAAACGACAGAGGGUGAUCGCAGACGCCAACAAAAUAGUUUCUGGUGUAAUAGCAGACGCAGAGAAAAAGAAGGAGAAGUUAGCGAAGGAAGGGUGGUCGGUGGUUUGUGAUGAUGAUGCGCGGGACAAUAAAGAGGCAAGAGGUGCUAUAGUUGAAAGUUUUGUUAGGGAUCAAUUCGUUGACAAAGAACCUAAGGAUAAGGUCGUUAAAUCCGAUGAAAAACUAAUUGUCGAUCGAACGCCAGUUAUCGAACCACCGAUAAUUAAACAACGUUACAUUCGCGAUGGGAAGGGAGAUGCGAUUAUUGCAUCGAAAACUAUAGUUUCAGCCAUCGACGAUAAGAGUCAACUGCCAGUGAUUACUCAGACUAUCACGAUUAAAGAGAUAGAUCAAACGAUACCCACAGACACAGCGACGAUCUCCAAUGGUAAACAGAUUAUCAUAAGCAAAAAGGAAAUGCUGUCUAAAGAAGGUAAGGAAAUUGAUGAAAAACUAACAACUCCUAGCAUAAGUAUUAAAAAACAAGAUGUAAAAUUGCCAGAAAUAGCUAAAGAAGUUCCACAAGACGAACAGAAGCAAGAAUUGCCGAAAGAGGCUGUUGCCAAGACUAACAUUCCAAAAGAAACGAAACCCGCGAUUGAUAAGCAAGUAUCUGCUUAUGAGACCGUUUACAGUGUUCAGUAUCCAUCUACACAGCCAGACGAGAAGCAAGAGGAUGAAUCGAAGAAAUCAAAAGAUAAGAGCGGAGGCAUACUCUCAGGCAUUUUCAAGGGAUCCAAGCUUAAGAAGAGCAAAUCGAAAGGAUCGAAGGACACGUCCUUGGACAGUGGCGACGAAGAAAUAAAAGUACCAGUGCCUACAGUUACGGAACAUCAAACGCAGCAACCUACUUUCGUUUCAUAUGAUACACACGUAGAUUACAAACCUGUUGAAACGAGCGUGUUACCUGACGUUAAAUUGGCUACCAUGCAAUUCUUAGAUGACUCCAGGCGCAGUGAUUUGAAUGUACACGUACCUGAUAUCGCAGUGAGCUCGACUCAAAUCGAGAGAAGAGAAGUGAAAGAGGAACCGAAAGUAACGGUUAAAGAAACAGAUGAUCGUACUGGAACUAUGGCAAGUGAUGCAAGCGACCAAGAGAAAGAGAAGGGUGGUGGUUUCUUUGGUAUAUUUAAGAGUCCUAAAUCGAAAGAGAAAAAGUUAAAGAAAAGCAAGGAAGCAUCUUUCGACAGUGGUGACGAAGAACUUCGAAUCGCCACAGAGAAAUUCUUGGACGAUACACGAAAGAUUGCUGAAACUACCAUUGUUCCUACCGCUCCUAAAGUUGACACAAAACAAGACCUGCAUACGUUUUCGUCGUCGGUUCAUUAUGAUGAAGAUACACCUAAAGAUAAAAUAAACGGACACUCAUAUGAUAUCUCGGAAGUAAAAAAGAAAUUAGACACAGAUAGAAGUACUCCUCACAAAGAAAUGAAUGGAAAAUCAGAUAUUAAGAAACACAAAGACCAGAAAGAACACAGCGUGGAAAGGUAUACCGGUAAGCCAGAAGCAAAGUUAGAAUCACCGGAUAAACAAAAAGAAGAUGAAAAGGAAGUAGAUGAGGAAGGUAAAGAUAAGAGCGGCGGAUUCUUCGGCAUGUUCAAGAGUCCAAAAUUGAAAAGUAAAAAGAGAAGUUCAUCUAGAGAAAAGAAUUCAUCUAAAGAAACAUCCUUCGACAGUGGAGAUGAAGAAACACGACAAUUGACAGCCACUUUUUUGGACGACACGAAAAAGAUUGCAGACAGUCUGCACCAUGAAGAUUGGAAGCCAAUUCCUGAAAAAGUAACAACUGAUACGGCCCCUGAUGAAUCUGCAGACUCUGCUGAUAAAGACAAGGGAAGUGGAAUCUUCAGCAAAUUCCGAAGUCCAAAAUUGACUAGAGCAUCGCGAAGCAGGUCCCGGGAAAAGAGCACUCCACCGCAAGAACCAGUAACAAGUCCAGAUAGUUCAAUCCGAGAAGCUACUGCGAAAUUCCUAGAAGAUACAAGAAACCUUGCAAAUCUAUCAUUCGAUGUACCAGACAAAGUAGACAAUGCGAAGAAAGCGAAAGAGAAAAUAACAAUAGAAAUCACGGAAGAUGUUGAUGAUACCAAAAAGAAAAUAUCAUCAGGAAUAGAUGUAGUUGUAGAUGACACAGAAAUAGCAAAAGAUAAAGCUGCGAAAGAAGCUAAGAAAGCCAAGGAAAAGACAGGUGGAUUUUUAUCUGGACUAUUCAAAGGUACAAAACACGCUGCAGAUGAAGCUACUGAAGAAUUCAAAGAUGCUCUUGAUGAAACAAAGAAAGAAGUCGUUGAAGGAAAAGAUCGUGCACGGGAAGUGGUAGAAGGGAAAUUGAAAGAUCUCGAUGCAACGAAAGACAAAGCAGUUUCAGAAGCAAAGCAAGAGCAGGAAAGGAUCACCAUUGUUGUAAAAGACACUAAAGAUGCAAUUAGUGGAAAGGUAUCUGAGGCUGCGCAGCAAGUUUCAGAUACUGGUAAAGCUGUUGGUGAAAAAGUAGCUGAUGGAGGAAAGCGAGUCACAGAAAAGGUAGAUACUAUCAUAUAUGGUGUGACUGACAGCGUGAAAGCUACAAAGGAUAAAGCAGCGGCAUACUCAAAAGAUGUUAAAGACGAAAUUGUAACAGGUGCAAAAGAAGUGGAACAUAAAGUAAGUGAAAAAGUAGCUGAAGGAACGCAGAAAGUAACCGACACUGGUAAAGCAGUUUCCGGUAAAAUAGUCGAAGGAGUAAAGGAUGUUGAGAUAAAAGCAGAAUCAGCUACACGAAGCGUGAUUGAUGGCGCAAAGGCAACGAAAGAUAAAGUAACUAAAGAGAUUAAACAAGAUACUGAAAUAGCGAAACAAAAGAUAUCAUCUGGAAUAGACACAGUGGUAGACGGUGCAGCAGCAACAAAGGAUAAAGCUAGCAAGGACGCAAAGAAAGCAAAAGAGAAGGCAAGUGGUUUCUUCUCAGGUAUCUUCAAGAGCGCAAAACACGCGGCUGAUGAAGUUUCCGAAGACGUCAAAGAUUUCGUCGAUGAAAGGAAGAAGGAGGCUGCAGAAGAGACAGCUCGUGCUCGUGAAAAAACGGCAGGAAAGUUAAAGGACGUUGAUGCAGCGAAGGAUAAAGCUGUUGCAGAAGCAAAGACCGCGAAGGAUAAAGCUGUUGCGGAAGCAAAAACCGCGAAGGACAAAGCAGCAGCAACUGUGAAGGAUACUAAAGAAGCAAUAGACAAAAAGAUAUCGGAAGCUGUAGAGAAAGUGUCUGAUGCUGAGAAAGUGUUCGGCAAAAAGACAGCUGAUGAAGUGACGCGUAUUGAAGAAAAAAUGGAUGGCGCGAUCCAUGUUGUGGUUGAUGGCGUAGUUGCAACGAAGGAAAAGGCAGCUGCGACAGCGAAGGAUGCUAAAGACUCAGUUGCAGCAGGUGCAAAAGACGCAGAAAUUAAAGUAAUAACAGUUGCCAAACAUACGAAGGACACAGUAAGUGAAGAAAUUACAGGUGGUGUUGAAAAGGUGAAAGAUACAGGCAAAGCUGUCACUGAUAAAAUUGUUCAACAAGCAAAGGAUGCGGAGACAAAAGCUGAAGCUGCUGCAAGAAGUGUGGCUGCAGAUGCUAAAGCAACAAAAGAUAAAGUAGCGAAGGAAGUUAAAGAAGAUACUGAAGCAGUAAAACAUAAGAUAGCAACCGGAAUAGACUCAGCAACAGAUACAGCAGAGGCAGCGAAAGAUAAAGCUGCUAAAGAAGCUAAAAAAGCUAAAGAAAAGGCCGGUGGCUUUUUGUCUGGUUUAUUCAAAGGUGCAAAACAUUCUGUAGAUGAAGUUUCAGACGACGUUAAAGAGUUCCUUGAGGAAACGAAGAGGGAAGCAUCGGAAGAGAAAGACCGUCUACGUGCUGCUGCAGACGCAAAAUUAAAAGAUAUGGAAGCAGCGAAAGACAGAGCAUCUGCAGACGCUAGAGAUGCAAAAGACAAGCUUGCAACCGCUGCGAAAGAUGCUAAAGACACAGUAUUCACAAAAGUGUCUGAUGCUACGCACAAGGUAUCAGAUGCAGGUAAAACUGUUGGUGAAAAAGUAAGUGAUGAACUAAAAAGAGCUGAAGAGAAAACUGAAAGUGUAGCUCGGGGAGUAAUCGAUGGAGCAAAGGAGGUGAAAGACAAAACCGCCACAGAUGUGAAAAACGCAAAAGGAAAAGUUCUAACUGCUGCAAAGGACAUCAAGGAUGAAGUCAGCGACAAAGUAGUUGAAGGUGCACAGAAAGUUGCUGACACCAGUAAAACAGUUGGUGACAAAGUAGCCGAAGGAGUGAAAAGUGCAGAAACGAAGGUUGAAGCAGCAGCGAAGGGAGUAAGUGAUGGUGCAAAGGAAACGAAAGACAAGGUUGCAAAAGAGAUUAAAGAAGAUGUAGACGCUGUAAAGCAGAAGGUAUCUUCUGGAAUUGAUGGAGUUGCAGAUAGCGCCGCAGCUGCGAAGGAUAAAGCUAGCAAGGACGCAAAGAAAGCAAAAGAAAAGGCAGGUGGUUUCUUCUCAGGUAUCUUCAAGAGCGCAAAACACGCGGCUGAUGAAGUUUCCGAAGACGUCAAAGACUUCGUCGAUGAAAGGAAGAAGGAAGCUGCAGAAGAGACAGCUCGUGCUCGUGAGAAAACAGCUGCAAAGUUAAAGGACGUUGAUGCAGCGAAGGAUAAAGCUGUUGCAGAAGCAAAGACCGCGAAGGAUAAAGCUGUUGCGGAAGCAAAAACCGCGAAGGACAAAGCAGCAGCAACUGUGAAGGAUACUAAAGAAGCAAUAGACAAAAAGAUAUCGGAAGCUGUAGAGAAAGUGUCUGAUGCUGAGAAAGUGUUCGGCAAAAAGACAGCUGAUGAAGUGACGCGUAUUGAAGAAAAAAUGGAUGGCGCGAUCCAUGUUGUGGUUGAUGGCGUAGUUGCAACGAAGGAAAAGGCAGCUGCGACAGCGAAGGAUGCUAAAGACUCAGUUGCAGCAGGUGCAAAAGACGCAGAAAUUAAAGUAAUAACAGUUGCCAAACAUACGAAGGACACAGUAAGUGAAGAAAUUACAGGUGGUGUUGAAAAGGUGAAAGAUACAGGCAAAGCUGUCACUGAUAAAAUUGUUCAACAAGCAAAGGAUGCGGAGACAAAAGCUGAAGCUGCUGCAAGAAGUGUGGCUGCAGAUGCUAAAGCAACAAAAGAUAAAGUAGCGAAGGAAGUUAAAGAAGAUACUGAAGCAGUAAAACAUAAGAUAGCAACCGGAAUAGACUCAGCAACAGAUACAGCAGAGGCAGCGAAAGAUAAAGCUGCUAAAGAAGCUAAAAAAGCUAAAGAAAAGGCCGGUGGCUUUUUGUCUGGUUUAUUCAAAGGUGCAAAACAUUCUGUAGAUGAAGUUUCAGACGACGUUAAAGAGUUCCUUGAGGAAACGAAGAGGGAAGCAUCGGAAGAGAAAGACCGUCUACGUGCUGCUGCAGACGCAAAAUUAAAAGAUAUGGAAGCAGCGAAAGACAGAGCAUCUGCAGACGCUAGAGAUGCAAAAGACAAGCUUGCAACCGCUGCGAAAGAUGCUAAAGACACAGUAUUCACAAAAGUGUCUGAUGCUACGCACAAGGUAUCAGAUGCAGGUAAAACUGUUGGUGAAAAAGUAAGUGAUGAACUAAAAAGAGCUGAAGAGAAAACUGAAAGUGUAGCUCGGGGAGUAAUCGAUGGAGCAAAGGAGGUGAAAGACAAAACCGCCACAGAUGUGAAAAACGCAAAAGGAAAAGUUCUAACUGCUGCAAAGGACAUCAAGGAUGAAGUCAGCGACAAAGUAGUUGAAGGUGCACAGAAAAUAGCUGAUACCAGUAAAGCAGUUGGUGACAAAGUAGCUGAAGGAGUGAAAGGCGCAGAAGCGAAGGUUGAGGCAGCAGCGAAAGGAGUAAGUGAUGGUGCAAAGGAAACGAAAGACAAGGUUGCAAAAGAGAUUAAAGAAGAUGUAGACGCUGUAAAGCAGAAGGUAUCUUCUGGAAUUGAUGGAGUUGCAGAUAGCGCCGCAGCUGCGAAGGAUAAAGCUAGCAAGGACGCAAAGAAAGCAAAAGAGAAGGCAGGUGGUUUCUUCUCAGGUAUCUUCAAGAGCGCAAAACACGCGGCUGAUGAAGUUUCCGAAGACGUCAAAGAUUUCGUCGAUGAAAGGAAGAAGGAGGCUGCAGAAGAGACAGCUCGUGCUCGUGAGAAAACAGCAGCAAAGUUAAAGGACGUUGAUGCAGCGAAGGAUAAAGCUGUUGCAGAAGCAAAGACCGCGAAGGAUAAAGCUGUUGCGGAAGCAAAAACCGUGAAGGACAAAGCAGCAGCAACUGUGAAGGAUACUAAAGACGCAAUAGACAAAAAGAUAUCGGAAGCUGUAGAGAAAGUGUCUGAUGCUGAGAAAGUGUUCGGCAAAAAGACAGCUGAUGAAGUGACGCGUAUUGAAGGAAAAGUGGAUGGCGCGAUCCAUGUUGUGGUUGAUGGCGUAGUAACAACGAAGGAAAAGGCAGCAGCGACAGCGAAGGAUGCUAAAGACACAAUUGCAGCAGGUGCAAAAGAUGCAGAAAUUAAAGUAAUAACAGUUGCCAAACAUACGAAGGACACAGUAAGUGAAGAAGUUACAGGUGCUGUAGAAAAGGUGAAAGAUACAGGCAAAGCUGUCACUGAUAAAAUUGUUCAACAAGCAAAGGAUGCGGAGGCAAAAGCUGGAGCUGCUGCAAAAAGUGUGGCUGAAGAUGCUAAAGCAACAAAAGAUAAAGUAGCGAAGGAAGUUAAAGAAGAUACUGAAGCAGUAAAACAUAAGAUAGCAAGCGGAAUAGACUCAGCAGCAGAUACUGCAGCGGCAGCGAAAGAUAAGGCUGCGAAAGAAGCUAAAAAAGCUAAAGAAAAGGCAGGCGGUUUUCUCUCUGGUCUAUUCAAGGGUGUGAAACAUACAACAGAUGAAGUUGCAGACGAUGUUACAGAGUUCCUUGAGGAAAGAAAAAGAGAAUCUUCAGAAGAAAAAGCUGUUGCGCACGCAGCAAUGGAAAAGAAGAUCGAAGAUGUGGCUGAAGCGACGGAUAAAGCAGUUGCAGGAAUUAAAGACACAACAGGUAAGAUCGUGACUUCCGCGAAAGACACGAAGGAUAAAGUUGCAACGGAAAUAAAAUAUACGGAAGAAAAGGUAGAAUCUGCAUCUCGAGAAAUAGGUGAUAGUGCAAAGGCAGCUAAAGACAAGGUGAUUACUGAUGUGAAAGACGUGAAAGACAAAACGGCGAUAACUAUAAAGGAUAUCAAGGAUAAAGUCAGCGAGAAAGUAGCUGACAGCUCUCAGAAGGUAAUAGACACUGGCAAGGAGGUGGAAGAAAAGAUCGCAACUGGUGCAAAAACAGCUGGUGAUAAAGCAAAAGCAUCUGCUCACGAAGUAGCUGAAAAUGCAAAAUUAGCGAAAGGAAAACUGGAAAAAGAAGUUAGAGAAGAUACAGCUGCAGUGAAACAAAAGAUUUCAUCAGAUAUAGAUACGGUUGCAGAUGGUGCAGAUACAGCAAAGGAAAAGAUCACGAAGGAAGCAAAGAAAACUAAGGAAAAAGGUGUAGGUUUCUUCUCGGGCCUGUUCAAAGGAGCAAAACACGCAGCUGAAGAGGUCUCCGAAGAAGUGAAGGAAUUCUAUGAUGAAACAAAGAAAGACGCAACUGAAGAAGAAGCACGUGCUCGUGCUUCUAUGGAAAAAACUCUAAAAGAUGUCGAUCUCGCAAAAGAUAAAGCAGUUGCAGAAGUGAAAGAUACAAAAGCUAAGAUGACAACAGCUGUAAAAGACACCAGAGGUAAGGCUAGUGACACUGUAUCUGAUGGUGUCCAAGCAGUGAAAGAUAUUGGUAAAACUGUGGGUGAUAAGAUAGUAGAUAGUACAAAACAGGCAGAAGCUAAAGCAGAAGCUGCUGCUUACAAGGUGGCUGAUGAUGCCAAAGCAGCGAAAGACAAAGUUGUUGCAGACGUAAAGGAUACUACAGAGACGAUAACAACUGCAGCAAAGGACACGAAAGAUAAAAUCUCGGAGAAAUCAUCAGAAGGAGCAGAGAAAGUAUCAGCCAUUACCAAAACUAUUGGUGAGAAAGUUGUAGAUGGUGUGGAGAAAGCUAAAAGCAAAACAGACACAGUUGUUCAUGGAUUAGCAGAAGAGGCAAAAGUAAUGAAAGAUAAAGGAACCAAGGAAAUCAAAGAUAGCACCGAUGCCGUGAAACAAACAGUUUCUUCUGGAAUAGACGUUGUAGCAGACAGUGUAGCUGUAGCUAAAGACAAAGCAGACAAAGAUGCUAAGAAAGCUAAAGAGAAGGGUAGCGGCUUUCUAAACGGGUUGUUUAAAAGUGCGAAGCAAGCGGCUGAUGACGUUUCAGGAGACGUUAAAGACUUUCUCGAAGAAGCAAAGAGAGAAGCCUCUUUGGAAAAA